GUCGUAAGGGCGGCGCGCAGCUUCAAGUUCUCGAAAUCCCUGCCAUUCGCGCUUUUCCAAGUCCCAUCACCCUUCGACCCCAGCACCUAGCAGCUUGAGUGACGUGCACCAUGUCCCUGGAUCGUACUCGCUCUACUGAACGCACCCCACUCGUCUCUCGCACCCGCCAUGGUAGGCGCAGCCGGAGCGUCUCCAAAGAGCGUGCUCUUUCUCCCAUCGCACGUAUCCUCCCCGUCGCUAUCGCAUGGCGUCUCGCAAGCAUGCUUCCUAUCACGACCACGCUCGAUAUCGUCCAGAAAAUCGUCUGUGCUUAUUGGCUUGUCCGCAAUGAUCCGGACCAAAUCCCCAGCGGAGGCACUCUUCCAGAGGAACUGUGCAAGAAUCCAGAUAUCUCACGAGACCUUUCAGCUGUCAUUACGGUACUUGGCUUGCUCGACGGUAUAUGCGCCAUGCUUGGGUACAGUGCAGUAUCGUUUGCUUCACAGCGGAUUGGCCGUAAACCCGUUAUCCUGGCCCUACUUGGUAUAGGCGCUCUAGGAAAUGCAUGCAUCGUCCUCGUUCGCUUCCUUCCCGACAACCUUGCUGCUGUGGCCCUCAUCCUUUGGGUCUUGUUUCAGUCGUUAACAAACCCCCUGGUCAUCGGCUACGUUGCUAAUAUGUACGUCAUUGACCAAGUCGCUGCUGAGACCCGCAUGUCCGCACUCAGUACACUGCAAGGUGGUGUAACCGUAGGCGCUGCUAUAUCAAUGACUGCCGGCGGGCUCAUAACAACGCUUUCGCACCACAAUGAUUACGUCUUCAUCAUCGCCCUCGUAAUCCUCAUUUCUUCUGCGGGGUAUGUCACGUUAUUUGUCCCGGAGUCCUUCACCGUGGACCGCCGUGCUGAACUCGCACGCGAGCGUGAGCUUGCGCGACUUGCCUCGUCGUCCGCUGCGCUCUCUGCGCCCGCUGGAGAUCAUACGCUGAAGACGCACGCAAAGGCGAUUGGUCACAUUAUUGGAGCCCCGAUAGUUGCAGUUAUGCAGCCUCUGGGUCAACUGAAGCCAACUAGGGAUCCGCAGACAGGAAGGAAGAACUGGCGGCUUGUUUUGUGCGCCGCGUAUGCAUUCGUCGAGAUUGUCGGCGAGGGAUACGCGUCCACGGCGCUCAUUCUCUAUCUGACUAGCAGGUACCAUUAUACUCCAGCACAGAACGGCUACGCCCUAACGACUUUGCUGAUAUCUGCGGCAGUCGUCUUGACUGUGGUCAUCCCGCUGCUUCUCACAUACCUCCGCCCGUUCUACGCUCGGCGACACGCCUCUACACACACUUCCACCUCUUCUUCUGAUGCUGUAGCUACCACACGUAUCGUUAAUGCCCCGCGCUACGGAAGCACCACCACCGAGGAAUCGGCCGGUACCAGCGCUCCAGCGAAUGCAAACUCGACAGAAGGCGACGACGACACUGUUUCUGCAACGUCUGAUCGGCUCGACGUGCACCUCUCCAUCGUAUCUGUAUUCAUCGACGCACUCAGCUACGUCGCUUUCUCGAUCGCCAACAGUCUCGCGGGGCAUCUCGUGGCCAUCGCGGCCAUCGGGUUCGGCGCGGGGCGCGGGCCAGCGUUCCGUAGUCUGGUAGUAGCGACGGUGGACCCGCUCAAGUCGGGCGAGGCGCUCGCAGCGGUGGAGAUGGUCGCUAGCGUCGGGACGUUCGUGUCGACGGUUGUGUUGGGGAGUAUCAGCACUGCAACGAUAUCGACGGCACCUGAAACGGUCUUUUACGUGCAUUCAGGAAUCGUCACUCUCGCUGCUUCCAUACUCCUACUCGUUCGCGACCGUGACCGGUGGGUUACACCGCCAGAGGAGGAGGAACGGCAGUAAUUUGCUCAGGAACUCAUAUUCAAAAGAGAAUCGACGACUGCCCAACAUCCUUUUACCACCAUACUUUCUGUGAGAAUUUGAAGAGACGCAAACGUAGCUUACAACAUGGAGGCAACUAAUGUCUGUAUUAACGCACUAGCGCUAUCAUUUGUUUGAGCAUUGGGCCCAAAACUUCAUGUACGUUGCGGCACUGUGCAACAUUUCUG